AAGAUGGCGUACCGACAUGUGGUGAGACAUCCAAGGUUGCAAGCUCGAAUUUUUCUUUGUAAUUGGUACAUGAAGUUGGUUAGACCGGGAAGGGAGCUCCCUGAAAAUACAGUCCAGUUCCAUGUUCCUAUGGACAUGUCAAAGUUGGAUAUUAAAAACUACCUUACCAGCAUUUACAAACUUGAUGUUGCCAGGGUGAACACCAGAAUACAGCACGGAAAGACUAAAGCAUUACUCAUCAACAGGAAGAUUACAAAGAGAAAAUAUCCAGAUUAUAAAGUAGCAUAUGUAGUUCUGGCUUCAGGGACGUUUAAGUUUCCUGAUUUAUUUCCCAAAGAUACACCAAAGGACGAUCAGACUGAUCAGAAACCGACAGAACCCACUCCAGAAGAUACCCCGCAUCUACGUUGGUUUUAAUGACAGAAGACAUUAAAUGCCUCUGAAACCCAAAAACGAUUGAAACGCUUGAGGAGUCAGCCAAAAAUCUUUUUGGUCCCCUUUCUCUAGUCUGUUUGUUGUUGAACAAACCAAAAGAAAGAAGGAAAGGUCGGAUUUUUUAAACAUAAAUUGUGGCGGGAAGAAACUGUUCAUGGCCAACUGAAAAUAAGCAACUUGCUCGCACCAUAAUAUUAUAGGAUGCUGUAGAACGGGUUCUUCAGCUUCUAUAGCUGAGCUUUUUAUUCUGAAUAUAAUAUUUUAACUUGUUGCAUUCUGAAGAAUUUUCUUCCUAUCUUGUGGUGUUAUUUUAAGGUUUUUCAAUAACAAGCCAGCGGCGGCCCUAAAAGUAUUCGCACAAAUACAUGUGGUAGUGUCUCAAAAGUUUCGAAAUUGUAACUCAGAGGCGUAUUGAAUUAUUUCUUUAGAACUGUUACUUUAUUUGCGCGAUUUCUACAAAUCGUCAUAUUGCAAUGUAAUACAAAAGUCUUGAUCCGAUGUCAAAUGUUGCGUUCGGAAUAUGCAAAAGAAUAAAGUUGAGC